CUGGAGGGUGGGUUUCCCGCGCUUUCCAACUUCCUGUCGAAGUGUUGUGAAUUUUUCAUUACGAUUUUCAAUGGAAUUUUAAAGAACAGUGCAUAAGUGGCUAAAGACCACAAUGAUGGAAAACCGAUCAAUAUGGAAGAAUCAUUUAAGAAAAAUUGCGUGAAAGAGACGAUACUAACAUGCUUCCCUGUCCAACCUGGUUGGCAACGCUGCUUUUCUUUAUUCAACAUUCAGAAAUGAAACACAACAUAGACGAUCCAACUAGCAGGCAUCAUCACAGACAUAGACACAAACUUGCCGACACAUAUGAAUAUAAACCUUACUACACAGUACCUGACUUCCAAAAUAUAUAUUUAGAUAAAGGCAUAGACUUUGAUAUUGUAGCAAUUGAUAAUGAAAGUAAAAAUGAAUGGGUUAAGACACCAAGUGACCAGAUCAGUGAGCUAAAGGACAAGAAACAUCAACAUUGGCCCAUAAAGAGAGAAGCAGUGAUCGAAGGCGACUUAGUACUCGGCGGGUUAAUGAUGGUUCAUGAGAGAUCGGAGAAUAUGACAUGUGGACCUGUGAUGCCUCAAGGAGGAGUGCAGCCGCUGGAGACAAUGCUAUAUACUCUAGAUAUCAUAAACCACAAAUUAAAAUUAAUACCAGGAGUGGUAAUUGGAGCACAUGUUUUAGAUGACUGUGAUCGAGAUACAUAUGGACUUGAAAUGGCUGUUGACUUUAUUAAAGGAUCGAUUAGCAAUAUCGAUGAUGCAGAAUAUGCAUGCAACGCGACUGCAAUGAGAAAAGUCAUAUCGGGAGUCGUCGGUGCUGCAUCUAGUGUUACGUCAGUGCAAGUCGCCAAUUUACUUAGAUUGUUCAAAAUACCACAGGUUUCGUUCUUUUCAACAUCUCCGGAGCUUUCCAACAAAGCGCGCUUCGAAUACUUCACCAGAACCAUACCAUCAGAUUUACAUCAGGUCCGAGCGAUGGUGGAAAUUGUGAAAAAGCUUGGAUGGAGCUACGUUUCAAUCAUUUACGAGGAAUCCAGCUAUGGAAUAAAGGCUUUUGAGGAGUUAGAGGCUCUUUUAGCGCGUAACGGAAUAUGCAUAGCUGUAAAGGAGAAGCUAGUGAAGGAUUCUGGUGUAGCUGAUGAGAGCUCCUACGAUGACAUCGUUCAGAAACUUCUGACUAAGCCCAGAGCACGAGGAGCAAUUAUAUUCGGAUCAGAUCAAGAAGUGGCUGGGGUGAUGCGCGCGGUAGAAAGAGCAAACGCCACUCACUCAUUCUCCUGGGUUGGAUCGGAUGGAUGGAGCGCAAGGACCUUGGUUUCUGAUGGUAAUGAGAGAGCUGUAGAGGGCACCAUUAGUGUGCAACCUCAAGCCAAUGAUGUGAUUGGAUUCAAGGAGUAUUUUCUCGGUCUCAAUAUGAAGAAUAAUCGACGAAAUCCUUGGUUUGUUGAAUUCUGGGAACACCAUUUCCAAUGCCGCUACCCUGGAUCUCCUCGAACCCCUUACAACGGUCACCAGAAAAGAAGAUGUUCAGGAUUGGAGCGGCUUACAGUAGAGAACACGGAGUUUGAAAGGCAGCUACAGUUUGUUAGUGACGCUGUCAUGGCUUUCGCAUAUGCUAUAAGAGAUAUGCAUGCAGCUGUGUGUGGUGGAAGACAUGGUCUAUGCGAAGCAAUGCGGCCGGCCAGUGGAGCUGAAUUACUGAGAUACUUAAGAAAAGUUAACUUCACUGGUUUGAGUGGAGAUGAAUUCCACUUCGAUGCAAACGGUGAUGGUCCAGCCCGCUACAACAUCCUGCACUUCAAGCAGGUCACUCGAGGAGUCUAUGACUGGGUGAAGGUGGGACAGUACCUCGAUGGUGAACUACAACUGCAUAUUAAUGCGAUCCAAUUUAAAUGGGGCGAGCGGAAACCACCUGAGUCGGUAUGCAGUGCCGAGUGUGAGCUGGGCCAAGCCAAGCAGUACGUGGAGGGAGAAAGCUGCUGCUGGCACUGCUUCAACUGCACGCAGUAUGAGAUACGAUCACCAUUUGUGGAGACGGCCUGCAUAGUCUGUCCUCGUGGGACUCUCCCAGACGUGACCAGGACAAACUGCAGGCCCAUACCUGAAGUGUAUCUACGACCGGACUCUGCCUGGGCCAUUGGUGCGAUGUCUUUUUCUUCGGUCGGAAUUCUAUUGACUGCGUUUGUUUGCGGUGUUUGGGUCCGGCAUAGUUCAACUCCAGUUGUUCGUGCGAGUGGAAGAGAGCUAUCAUACGUCCUGCUCGCUGGAAUCCUCAUGUGCUACUUGGUCACCUUCGCUCUGGUCUUUCGACCCACGGAUAUACUUUGUUCUAUACAACGAUUCGGCACUGGUUUUUGCUUCACUGUAGUAUAUGCAGCACUUCUGACGAAGACCAACAGAAUAUCCCGUAUAUUUAACGCAAGUAAACACUCUGCGAAAAGACCUAUCCUCAUCUCUCCCAGCUCUCAACUUGCUAUAUGUACUGCUCUUAUAUCUAUACAGGUUCUGAUCGUGGUUGUCUGGAUGAUAGUAGCUCCAGCCCGAGCUAUGUAUCAUUACCCAACACGGGAAGACAAUAUGCUGGUAUGCGACUCAUAUGUGGAUGCAUCAUACAUGAUCGCCUUCUUCUACCCUAUCGUGCUCAUUCUCGUGUGUACCGUGUAUGCUGUGCUGACCAGGAAGAUCCCCGAGGCAUUCAACGAGAGCAAGCAUAUUGGGUUUACCAUGUAUACGACCUGUGUGAUCUGGCUGGCAUUUGUGCCUCUGUACUUUGGAACUGCGAGUCACGUGCCACUGCGCAUCACGAGCAUGGCGGUCACCAUAUCUCUGAGUGCAAGUGUCACCCUCAUCUGUUUGUUUUCUCCGAAAUUAUACAUAAUUCUCAUACGACCGGAAAGGAACGUACGUCAGAGCAUCAUGCCGGUGCGCUACAGCCGGAAGCCGAUGGCCGCCCUUCCCCAUCCGGCCGUUAAAAAGCCACCUUGUGCUGAUAAAGAAACACAGACAGCUGCAGCCGACUUCAACAAACUAACAAACGGACAAACAGUAUUACUGAAAGCCGACGAAAAAGAAGAUAAGAAGAAAUCAAAUGUAAAAAUCGCCAAUUGUGAUUCAGAUAAUAAAUUAAAAUCAAACGAUAGAUCUGAGUCCUUAUAGCAACGAACCACGUCAAAAUCUUUAACUGACGUAUGUAUUAAAAAUAAUAUUAUUCUAAGAAAGAAAAGUUGUUCUUGUAGGAUACGUGAACGAAAACCUAUCAUUGUUUAAACUUAUAGUAAAAAAUAUUGUAUAUUUUGUGUAAAUAUUAAAGGAACAGACGCAUAGUGAUGUUGUAAAUAUGUUGUACAGUUUCAUCAAUAAAUACUAAUGGGGAUGAGCCCUAAGCAAGGACGGAGUGAAAAAUAUUAUUAAUUGUAAAUUUUAAAACUCCCUUGCGUAGGAUAAGUAAGAAUUGUAUACUGUAUCCCUUAUUAUUAUAGAUAAUGUUUAGUCAUCCGUAUUUUGACUGUAUUGUUGGAUCUGUUCACUGUUUAAUAAUAAAUUCUUAUUAAUAUUAUAAUUUAUUCAGAGAUAUAUAGUAAAAAUUUAAACGCACAAUGUGAUAUUACAAGAAAAUAAUAUCACAGAGUUUUUUGGAUUGCGGGUUUGUACUAAUAAUCACAUCUCUAUAUAUUCUUAAAGUUAUAAAAUUUAAGGAAAACUACAUUUAUGAAAAAUCACGCCAUAUUUAAAUUAAAUAGUAAAUUAAUAUUUAUAGUGUUAUACGUAAAUUUGUAUUUAUAAAACUAUAUUGCAUAGAACUUAAGAUAUAUAAUGCUCAAGUAAUUUAAAAAGUAUUUUCACUCCAUCUUUUGCUUACCCCGUUAUGUAUUUAAUCAUUUUAUGUCGUACAUAAUUCCUAU